AUGAACAUCCAAAAGGCACAAAAACCGGCGAAUAAGAAACAUUUACGAAUGGGAUUUUGGAGUAGCGAAGCCUGCGCAGCAGUAGAUCGGCGCCGGGACGGAGGACGGCAUCUCCGUUUGCAUCGCCGGCGGAGGGAGAUAUCAGUAAAUCGGACUCCACCAGAAUCCCUCUCACUACACCCAUAUUUUCUCUCCCUAAUUUCAGCUGUCCGUGUGAGACUAUCAAACCCUAACUCAAGAGCUGGUGAACUUUGUGACGGCCUUGGUUCCCUCAGAGACGGCGUGCUUAGCCAACUCCCCAGGAAGCACCAACCUCACGGCGGUCUGGAUCUCGCGAGAGGUUAUGGUCGGCUUCUUGUUGUACCUCGCGAGACGGGACGCCUCCUGGGCGAGCUUCUCAAAGAUGUCGUUGAUGAAGCUGUUCAUGAUACCCAUGGCCUUGCUCGAGAUCCCGAUGUCCGGGUGAACCUGCUUCAAAACCUUGAAGAUGUAGAUCUUGUAAGUCUCAACGCUCUUCUUCGACCUCUUCUUCUUCUUGUCGCCGGCGGCGCCGCCCUCCUUGGGAAGUUUCUUCCCGGCCUUGGGCUUCUUCUCCGCAGGGGCCUUCUCGGCGGCCGGCUUCUUCUCGGCGGCGGGCUUCUUCUCGGCCUUGGGUGCCAUAUUUUCAGAGAGAGAGAGGGGGGAUAUGUGUGGGGGAUUUCUUCAGAAAAAUUUGGUGAGGGAUGA